CUGAUUCCGGAUAUCCUAACUGUUUCCUUUUCUUGAUCACAUAAACUUCCCUCCAUCUUUAUUUUUUUCCAUCUUCAAAAAGAGAAAAGAAUAGAUAGAAAGAUCAUAGCAAUUUGCUUACGCAAACAAAUACGACUUGUCCACUUCUAUGUUACUUUGACCCUUGUAGAUUGGAAACCGUACCUGUAUUCCAUCUGUUACAGAAAGCAAAAUAGUUCAAAGUUUUCCCAGUUGCUAAUGGACACUCUUUCUUCAAUGCUAAUUAUUAUUACGAAUCUACUCCUUCUAUUCUCUAGAUUCUGUAACACAGCUAAUACACUUACUUUGUCUCAAUCUAUUCGUGAUGGAGGGACAAGAACCUUAGUUUCGAAAUAUGGAAGUUUUGAGCUUGGUUUCUUCAGUCCUGGAAGUUCCAGGAACCGUUAUGUCGGAAUAUGGUACAAGAACAUCCCAGUUAGAACUGUUGUUUGGGUUGCAAACAGAAACAACCCAAUCAAUGAUUCCUCUGGCUUCUUGAUGUUAGACAACACAGGAAAUCUUGUACUUGUCAGCAAUAACAAUAGUACUGUUGUUUGGUCAUCAAACUCAAAGAAAGCAGCUCAGAAUGCAAUGGGAGAACUCCUGGAUUCUGGGAAUCUGGUCUUAAGAGAUGAGAAAGAUGCCAAUUCUGGAAUCUACUUGUGGCAGAGUUUUGAUUAUCCAUCUGAUACAUUGCUUCCAGGAAUGAAGCUUGGAUGGGACUUACGGAUUGGACUUGAUCGGCGGCUAUCAGCAUGGAAGAGCCCUGAUGAUCCAUCUUCGGGAGAUUUCACAUGGGGAACACAACUACAGAGUAAUCCUGAGUUAGUUAUGUGGAAGGGGUCCAAGAAGUACUAUAGAAGUGGUCCAUGGAAUGGUAUCGGGUUCAGUGGUGGGCCGGAGUUAAGGAUUAAUCCAGUUUUUUAUUUUGAUUUCGUCGACGACGGGGAGGAGGUUUAUUACACAUACCACCUCAAAAAUAAAUCCUUAAUCACGAGGAUAGUUAUGAACCAAAGUACCUAUUUUCGGCAGCGUUACACCUGGAAUGAAAUCGAUCAGUCAUGGGUACUCUAUGCAAAUGUGCCGAGAGAUUACUGUGAUACUUACAAUCUUUGUGGUGCCUAUGGAAAUUGCAUCAUUAGCCAGUCGCCAGUUUGUGAAUGUUUAGAAAAAUUCACGCCUAAAUCACCUGAGAGUUGGAAUUCAAUGGACUGGUCUCAAGGGUGUGUACGAAAUAAGCCACUAGAUUGCCAGAAGGGAGAUGGAUUCGUUAAAUAUGUUGGUUUGAAAUUGCCAGAUGCUACAAAUUCUUGGGUAAACAAAACUAUGAAUCUCAACGAAUGCAGGUCAAUAUGCUUACAAAACUGUUCUUGUAUGGCAUAUACAACUACAAAUACUAAGGAACGCAGUGGCUGUGCUAUUUGGUUUGGCGAUCUGAUAGAUAUUAAACAGUUUCCAGCUGCGGGGCAGGAAAUAUACAUUCGCUUGAAUGCUUCAGAAUCAAAGGCUAAAGCUGCAUCUAAGAUAAAGAUGGCAGUGGGAAGUGCACUGUCUAUUUUCGUGGCAUGCGGGAUUCUUUUGGUCGCCUAUUACAUCUUCAAAAGAAAGGCAAAACUCAUAGGAGGCAACAGAGAAGAAAAUGACCAGAUAGAUAGUGGACCAAAGGAAGACUUGGAGCUACCCCUAUUCCAGUUCACUACAAUAGCCAAUGCCACCAACGGCUUUUCAUUCAACAACAAGAUAGGAGAAGGUGGUUUUGGACCUGUGUACAAGGGUACUCUAGAAGAUGGCAAAGAAAUAGCAGCAAAAACGCUAUCAAGGAGUUCUGGACAAGGAAUAAAUGAGUUCAAAAAUGAAGUUAUACUGAUCACAAAGCUUCAGCACCGAAAUCUUGUAAAACUUCUUGGCUGUUGCAUUCAAGGAGAAGAGAAAAUUCUGGUUUAUGAGUACAUGCCCAACAAAAGCCUCGAUUCCUUCAUUUUCGAUCAAACAAGAGGCAAACUGUUAGACUGGUCCAAGCGUUUCAGCAUUAUAUGUGGUAUUGCUAGGGGGCUUCUAUAUCUUCAUCAGGAUUCCAGAUUGAGGAUUGUACACAGGGAUCUUAAAGCAAGUAACGUUUUACUUGAUAAGGAUAUGAACCCAAAAAUCUCUGAUUUUGGUUUGGCCAGAAUGUUUGGUGGAGACCAGACGGAAGGAAACACAACCAGAGUUGUUGGGACUUAUGGUUAUAUGGCUCCUGAAUAUGCUACUGAUGGGCUCUUCUCAGUGAAGUCUGAUGUUUUUAGCUUUGGAAUCUUAAUGCUUGAGAUAAUAAGUGGAAAGAAGAGUAGAGGAUUUUAUCAUCCAGACCAUAGCCUAAGCCUUAUUGGACAUGCAUGGAGAUUGUGGAAAGAUGGAAAACCUUUGGACUUAAUUGAGGCGUUUCCAGGAGAUUCACGCAAUUUAUCAGAAGUGAUCAUGAGAUGCAUAAACAUUAGUCUCUUGUGUGUGCAGCAGCAUCCUGAUGAUAGGCCAAGCAUGGCCACUGUGGUUUGGAUGCUAGGAGGUGAGAAUACACUGCCUCAGCCAAAUGAACCAGGCUUUUUUAAGGGUAGCGGUCCGUUCGGACCAUCUUCUUCAUCAAGCAAUAUUGAAUUAUCUUCGAACAAUGAAUUUACUGCCUCACUCUUGUAUCCUCGGUAGUUGAUUGUGCUGGAUGAAAUGUUCACAAUUUUUGAUAUGUUCCUUGUCACGACGUGAAUUCCAGCUCCAUAAUUUCCAACUCCAUAAUUAUCUAUGUUGUUUAUUUAAUUGAUGUUAUGAAUAAUUUGAGUUAUGAUUAUGUGAA